CUUUAGCUCAGCUUAUACUUUUACAUACUCUUUCUUUAUAAUGAUGUACAUGGACGGACCCACGCUGCGCCAGACGACAAAACAACCAGCCAGGGUCAAUGGCCGCAAUACAACCAACAUUGAAAUACCCAGUGAUAUACCAGAAAACUUGUCAGAUAUUGAACUAGAAGCGGUAAGCGACUCCGAGCACCUUUACAUUAUAUCAGCAGGCAAAUACCAUGACAAUGACAACAGCGACAAUGACAACGACAGCGACAGCGAAGAAGGCCCUUUCAAUGUCGAAGAGAGCACAGUGACCGCGGAAUCACACAGCCCAGCAGCCGACAAACAACCUGCCACUGCAGCUGUAUCUACAGCCAAGAACCCCAGUGAUGCCAUCAAAGACAUCCUCACUUUGAGACUCGUAUUUCCCGCGGAGGACGGCGGCAUGUUGAUUGGAAAGAAUGGCCGCCAUAUCAUAAAGCUCAAAGAAUCAACUAGAGCCAACUGGUUUAUCACUGCAAACAGCAGCAACUUUGAGGACCGCAUUGUUGUUAUUCGCGGAACCAUUGAUAACAUCGCGCAUGCCGUCCACACACUGGCAGAACACAUUAACCACGAGCAAUCCGUUGGCGAAAAGGACACGCCACAGCAGCAGCAAACCAUUCUGUCUCUGCGCUUUUUAUUCCCCACAAAGGUCAUCGGCUUCAUUCUCGGCUCCGGUGGAUCCCGCAUUGAAAAGCUGCGCCAAAUCUCAGGAAUCAAUCGGGUGCACAUAUCCAACACUGCCAUCCCAUUCACACACGAGCGCAUAGUUGAAAUCACCGGAACCGAUGACGGAUUAAGGGCGGCCGCCACAGGCCUUCUCCAAGCCACAGAGUCCGAGUUGACCCGCAUGCAGGAUGCGGCGACGCUAUACAAGCCGACGAAAAAUGGACUGAACCUGUUUUUGGCGCAAGAGAAAAUUUUGAUUGGCGGACCUGGACCAAGUAGGAGUGCUUUGGAUGGUGACCAUAGUAGGAAGAGAUCGCGGUCGGCGUUGGUUGUCGAGCAAAAAGACAGUGCGCAGGGCGCGUAUUCAGGCGGUAAGCGGUUGCGCAGAUCAUCAGACAAUGCUGAGAGUCGUGAGUCGCCCACAAAAUACAUUUGGCCAACCGAACGGUCCCCCAUGCGCGCCAAAGAUGGGCAUGACACAAGCAGCAGCAGCAGCAGAAAUAGCAAUGACAAUGGCAGAUAUAGUCGUGGAACUGAAGAAAAACUUGUUAUUCCGGACUUUAUUGCUGGUCGUCUUAUUGGCCGCAACGGCUGCCAUUUGGAAAGAAUAAAGUCCGACAGUGGUGCCAGUAUACAUCUGUCGCCACGAGUGCGCAACAUGCCUGACCGCGUGGUAACUAUCAUCGGACUGUCGGAUGAAGUGAGGAGCGCUCGCAAGCUCAUUUCGAAAACCAUGCGCCACUUUGAAGACAAGGAGGUUUAACGACCAAGCUUGGG